AUGCAGAUUUUUGUCAAGACUCUCACCGGCAAGACCAUCACGCUCGACGUCGAGCCCAGCGACACCAUCGACAACGUGAAGCAGAAGAUCCAGGACAAGGAGGGCAUCCCCCCGGACCAGCAGCGCCUCAUCUUCGCGGGCAAGCAGCUCGAGGACGGCCGCACGCUCUCGGACUACAACAUCCAGAAGGAGAGCACGCUCCACCUCGUCCUCCGCCUCCGCGGCGGCAUGCAGAUCUUCGUCAAGACCCUCACGGGCAAGACGAUCACGCUCGACGUCGAGCCCUCGGACACGAUCGACAACGUGAAGCAGAAGAUCCAGGACAAGGAGGGCAUCCCCCCGGACCAGCAGCGCCUCAUCUUCGCGGGCAAGCAGCUCGAGGACGGCCGCACGCUCAGCGACUACAACAUCCAGAAGGAGUCGACGCUCCACCUCGUCCUCCGCCUCCGCGGCGGCAUGCAGAUCUUCGUCAAGACCCUCACGGGCAAGACGAUCACGCUCGACGUCGAGCCCUCGGACACGAUCGACAACGUGAAGCAGAAGAUCCAGGACAAGGAGGGCAUCCCCCCGGACCAGCAGCGCCUCAUCUUCGCGGGCAAGCAGCUCGAGGACGGCCGCACGCUCAGCGACUACAACAUCCAGAAGGAGUCGACGCUCCACCUCGUCCUCCGCCUCCGCGGCGGCAUGCAGAUCUUCGUCAAGACCCUCACGGGCAAGACGAUCACGCUCGACGUCGAGCCCUCGGACACGAUCGACAACGUGAAGCAGAAGAUCCAGGACAAGGAGGGCAUCCCCCCGGACCAGCAGCGCCUCAUCUUCGCGGGCAAGCAGCUCGAGGACGGCCGCACGCUCAGCGACUACAACAUCCAGAAGGAGUCGACGCUCCACCUCGUCCUCCGCCUCCGCGGCGGCAACUGA